AUGGCCCUGACGCUCGCACCGGAGCCGGCGGCGGUGGCGGGCGGCGGAGGAAGAGUCGGCGACGUCGACUACAGCCACAGCCACAGCCAUGGCGGCAGCAGCGGCAAGCGCGAGCGCAUGUUCGAGAAGGUGGUGACGCCGAGCGACGUGGGGAAGCUGAACCGGCUGGUGGUGCCAAAGCAGUUCGCGGAGCGGCACCUGCCGCUGCGCGGCGCGGCGGCCAGGUCGCGGGGCACGGUGCUGUGCUUCCACGACGCGCGCGGCGGCGGGACGGCGUGGCGGUUCCGCUACUCGUACUGGAGCAGCAGCCAGAGCUACGUGAUGACCAAGGGCUGGAACCGCUACGUCCGGGACAAGCGCCUGGCGGCCGGGGACACCGUCGCCUUCUGCCGCGACGGCACAAGGCUCUUCAUCGACUGCCGCCGGCGGAGGAGUAGUCGUACCGGGGAACAGGGCGCGGUGCCGCCUGCGGUCGUCGUCCCGGCGGCGAUGCUCGCCGUGCCGCCGAUGACAGGGCACCACCAGCAGCAGAAGCAGGGCUUGGUCAUCGUCUUCUCCGGCCAGCACCAGCACCAGCAGGCGGAGGAGGCGGUGACGAUCGUGGAAGCAGCUGCAGCAGCAGAAGCGGAGGACGAGGAGGAGGCGCAGCGGCGGCGCGGGCGGUGGCUCCGGCUGUUCGGCGUCAACCUGCUGGAGCUUCGUGCCGAUCCGGUGCUGCUUGAUCUGCAACUUUGA